ACGCACGACCCCACCCCACCUCGCGCAGCAGCCUGGUUGCGGUGGCAGCUUUGAGCUCAAAUUUGAGAGAUUGAAGUGGGAAAGCGGGACCGCGAGGAUCAGAGUAACUUCACAACAUAAAGAAGCCGCAAAGACGGGAUGGAGGAAGCCGAUCAAGGGCCCAAGAGUCCGGACUUUAUCCCAGAAGUAGGUGAAGAUGCAGCAAAUGCCGUGCCCUGUUCACCCUGCAUGGCCCUAACUGAGGAAGAGCAAUCAGAGCUCCGCAGUGAACUGGAAAAGGUGGAAGACGAGAUCCAGACUCUUUCUCAGGUGCUGGCGGCCAAGGAGAAGCAGGUGGCGGACAUCAAGCGGAAAUUGGGCAUCACUCCACUCAACGAGUUCAAACAGAACCUGAGCAAAGGCUGGCAUGAUGUCACCGCCUCCACUGCGUAUAAGAAGACCUCGGAGACCCUUUCCCAAGUGGGUCAGAAGGCGACGACGGCGUUCUCCACCGUGGGCUCAGCCAUUAGCAGAAAGCUAGAGGACGUGAGAUUACAGUCAUUUUCCAAUUCUUUUGGUAUACGGUCCAUACAGCAUUCGGCUAGCAUGCCUGUGAUGAGAAACACACCCACCUUCAAGUCAUUUGAGGAGAAAGUGGAAACCUUAAAGACCAAGAUGAGUCCGACGCCGUCGACGGGCGACGCCGAAGAGGUUUCCGAAUCCACACCUGAGGGAGAACCGGUGGCCGAACACCCAGAGGAAACUUGUCCACCAGAUCAAAAAACUCACUGAGCAUCCACCCUCAAACCCUUCACUUUUCUUUCUCCCUGCCCCCCUUUUCCACCUCACAGCGGUACUUCUACAUAUUCACAGUGAGCUUUGUUCUGUGGCCGUAUUGUUCCACCGGAGUCUGGGUCAUCUCCAGACGGGACGUGGUAGUCCUACACUGGAACAGAUGUGUCAGAAUGUGAGAUGCAUGUUCGCUCAUGCACUGUCAGAGCACAAUAUAACUCAUUCCACUGCAGCGUUGACCUCUGACCCCUAGCUUCAGGUUUGCCUGCAUGAGAGGCUCAGGUUGUCACUUAGAAGUUCCUAAUUUUUUUUUUUUUUUUUUUUUUUUAACACUUUUAAAGAAACUUCAUCCUGAAGUCUUUAUAUAGUUUAAAUAUGUUGACAUUUUGUUUGUGUACAUUCUCUGUACCACAUCCCACUACUUAAAAUUGCCAGCUGAAUUAACCAAAAUUCUGUAUAUAGUUAGUUUUCCUUUUUUUUUUUUUUUUUUUUUUUUUUUUUUAACAAAUGCCAAAAACUCAGAACAUGAGUUCUGUCUCUAAGUGUAUACGUUAAACUAUGAGUUUUCCAUAGGAAGUAUAUCGAGUGUAUUAUUGGCGUUAAUAUCAAAUAUGAUCAAACAGCAGUUAUAUUGCUCUGUUUCCGUAUUUUGGAUACUUGAUUGAGCUCUAGAGUUUGUGUCAUUCGUUGUGACUUCAUUUCUCUUUAUUUUGUAGCGUUACUAAAGUCACAGUGCCUUCUGUUGCUGGGGAGGUUUAAUCUCACUUUAAAGGUAUUUCUGAUGGCUUUGCAAUUGGACCGCUGCUGUAUUUUUUCGUUUGUUUUUUUUACCCAAAAAACAGGACAAACUCUAAGAGGGGUAGAUGUCAUUGUCUCCUAGACUAUAUGACACCUCUUCCCUGUUGUUUUAAACUCUAGCACGGCUGAAAAGCAGCGGUAAUGUCAAACAGUUAGCAUUAGAUCCAGCGCAAUUCGGUAAUAUUUACAAGCACUAAUUCUAGUAUUGUUCGUGUAGUUCAUAGAGCCGCUUACACUGUAGUACCUGCGUUUUGGCGUCUUCAAGACUGCAAAGUGAAAAAUAUAUAUAUAUUUUUAUUGAUGUUGUUAGCAGAGUGUAGAUAAAAUCUAUAAUAACAUUUAUAAUAGGGUAGAGGUUGAUUAAAAGCUUUGGAGCACAGGGUGAUUGGUACUUAACUGGCAGAUGUGUUCUCGUAUGGUAAUGUUUCAUUAUUGCUUUGUAAUCUGUGUGCGAUAUAAUUUUUUUUUUUUUUUUUUUUUGCUUUGAUACACGGAGAUGGACAAACGCUUGCUGCUAAGCUGCUGCAAGAAAUAUUCCACAUAAAGACGUUUACAGAGGUUUAAGUUCAACAUGCCUGAUCAAUCGUUCUACAUCUAGUGUUGACAAAUAAAAUAAAAUAAUACUAAUAUAGAAAAUGAGGUAUGUUGUUAGUAAGGUUUCUGUUUAAAACAAAGUUGUAUGUGUGUUUUGUGUUGUGAAAUACUACACGGAGGGUGGAAAUAUCCAGUGGGACCAAAAAUGUUUUAAUUCAUCCCUUUUCCGCCUCACUCCAGUUCUACUGUAGCUCAGAUGUUGUUGUUGUUUUUUUUUCCCCUCGCAUCAUUUUUUGAUUGUGAAUGUUGCUUUAUACUGAAUGUCUCUUGUGGGCUUUUGUCCUGGGUUACUGGUUUAGUAGUCGAAGCUGCUGUUAUGUUCAUUUAUAAUUAGCCUCCUGAAAGACUAAAACUACUUUUGAGCAAAAAAUACAAACAUUUGCUCCUUUGUAUGUCUGAUGCCUAAUAAAGCACCUUACGUGUUG